AAGGAAAGUAUUGUUCCUGACAAAAAAUGAUUCAACUAUAAAAUGAUAGAACAUUUUAUUAUGAGUUGCCUCUGAUUUUGAUUCCUUUUGUAUAUAGUUCAUAGUAACUUCUACAUGAGUCGUCUUUGACCACUGCGCAGAAAGGCAUUGUAUAAAGCGAUCUAAAAGGAAUACUGCGAGAAAACCACUAAAAAGGCAGUGACAUAACUCCCGUGUUUAUUUCCUACACCUGACACCAAGGCAGCCACCUUAGUUUGUAGGUACUCCCUGUGCAUUGUUACUUAAUAAUGAUAAGUGAAAGCUUCUAAUAGGCUGAGAGAUUGAUAUGGGGCAGAAACUGAAGACGUAAAGGAAACCUGCAGUGAUUAACUGAGCAGUGACUUAAAUUUCUACUCUUAGAAUUACUCUUCAUUCCAUUUUCAAAGAACUUCUCUUUAAGAUUCUGGCCACUUGGCCUUUCUGAUCCUUUCAACACAAUGGAACAUAUUAGGAGAUUAUGACAUCCAUGCAAGUCACUAUAUAUGCCUUGUUUCCUGGGUCCACGGGAAGCAUGAGUCUGUUGGGACUUGGGACAAGAAGAAAACAAGACAUCUUCACAAGAAAAAACAGACAUUAACAAAAAGUAUCCCAAAGUCUGAAGAGCUAGAACACAAACAUGGCCGACAGAGGACUUAGGGAUCCUGCAGAGGCCCCUCAAGAAGAUUUGAAAAAUGACCCAUCAGUAAGUUCUCAGGCACAGGAGACCAUAGUCACAGCAAGUACCACUGAAGAAGCUCAGACCCCAGACCCUGUCUGUGGUCUUAACAAAGUCCACCAAGAGGUAGAAAAUAUAGGUCCAGGAAGUGCAGAUGCAGGUGAUCAAUCCGAAGAUUCAGAUGAAACAAAUUAUGGGAACUAUCCAAAGGAUAAAACAGAACAUGAGAACAACCAGAGCUUUCAGGAUGAAGAGCAAGGCCAUCAACUCCCUGAUUCAGAAAGUCCAGGUGAAAAACCCUUGGAUCCAGAACCCAGCUGUUCUCCAAGUGACAAGGUGGGAAGAGAUGAUGUGCUCUUACGAAGCGACUCUGCAGCCCUCCCUGAGGAAGUGAGCAGCGGACCUGGAGUUGCACAGGAGCCACCUGCCAUGGACCCUCGGGAUGCCCCAAGCCCUGAUCGUUCCCAUGCAGGGCCAGAGAACCAGGGCACAGUGCGGAGGCGACUGCUGGCGCCAGCAGAGGCUGAAAGUCAUCAACAGGAAACACAAAGGUUGGAAGAAAAGAAAGAGAGUGCACUGGAUACCAGAAGAAAGAUGAAUAAAAAGGAUUAUUUGCGUUAUGGCUCCAUCUUUUUUGGCUCUGUGGUCACGACUCUUGUUUUGCUAAAUUGGGGUAAUAGCUACUAUUCCUCUUCAGCCCAGCAAGUGCCCAAAAAUCCAGCUUUGGAGGCCUUUUUGGUUCAUUUCAGCCAACUGAAGGAUAAAUUCCCAGGCCAGAGUUCCUUUUUGUGGCAGAGAGGACGUAAAUUUCUCCAGAAACACCUCAAUGCUUCAAACCCCACUGAGCCAGCCACCAUCAUAUUUACAGCAGCUCAGGAGGGAAGAGAGACCCUGAAGUGCCUGAGCCACCUCGUUGCGGAUGCCUAUACCUCUUCCCAGAAAGUCUCUGCCAUUCAGAUUGACGGGGCUGCAAGAACCUUGCAGGACAGUGACGUGGUCAAGCAGUUGGUUGACACGGAGCUGAGCUCAGGAUUUGAGAAUGGCCAGAAGGCUGCUGUGGUGCACCACUUUGAAUCCCUUCCCGCAGGCUCUACCUUAAUCUUCUACAAGUAUUGUGACCAUGAGAAUGCUGCCUUUAAAGAUGUGGCCCUGGUCCUGACUGUUCUCCUAGAGGAGGAAACAUUAGAAGCAAGUGUCAGCCCAAGGGAAACUGAAGAAAAAGUGAGAGAUUUCCUCUGGGCCAGGUUUACCAACUCAGACACUCCCAGCUCCUUCAACCACAUGGACUCUGACAAAUUGAGUGGCCUCUGGAGCCGGAUUUCACACCUGGUGCUGCCCGUCCAGCCUGUGAGGGACAUCGAAGAACAGGGGUGCCUUUUAUACUUAAGCACGGAGUUGGUUUUUGAGGCCUAGAUUUAUUAAAAAGUUAGUUGAAGAGCCUUCUGUUUCUGUGGAAGGAGGUUAUGAAAAGCCUGGAGAACACAAAUGAGCUUAUUUUAGAAAAAAAUUCUCAUUUUUUACCUUUUGUAAAAUCUUUCUAAGCUUGACAAAACUUGACUUUUUUCCCUGGCCUUUGAAGGAUAUCAGGUUUGAAAUCUGCAUAGAAUAUAUAACUGAGGCUUUUUUUUUUUU